GCCCACCGGCCCAACCCACUCUAGAUUUGCGUAAAAACCCUAAAAACUCCAUCUUCCAUUGUCUACCUUCUCGUCGCUGUAUUGGAACUUCGGAUCUCCAACUUUCAUCAAUGGCUCCAAAAAAGGGUGGGAAGGCGGUCGCAACGAAGAAGAAAACGGAGAAGGUAGCUAACCCUUUGUUCGAGAAAAGGCCGAAACAAUUCGGCAUAGGUGGAGCAUUGCCUCCAAAGAAGGAUCUUCACAGAUUUGUGCGAUGGCCACAAGUUGUUCGUAUUCAGAGGAAGAGGAGGAUUCUCAAACAGCGUUUGAAGGUUCCACCUGCUCUUAAUCAGUUCACCAAGACCCUCGACAAGAAUCUAGCAACAACUUUGUUCAAGAUGCUUCUCAAGUACAGACCUGAGGAUAAAGCAGCAAAAAAGGAAAGACUUCUGAAAAGGGCUCAAGCUGAAUCUGAAGGAAAGACGGUUGAAGCCAAGAAGCCCAUUGUUGUCAAAUAUGGUCUUAAUCAUAUCACCUAUCUUAUUGAACAGAACAAGGCUCAAUUGGUGAUCAUUGCUCAUGAUGUAGACCCCAUUGAGUUGGUUGUCUGGCUUCCCGCUUUGUGCAGAAAGAUGGAAAUCCCUUACUGCAUUGUGAAGGGAAAAUCUCGUUUGGGAACUAUUGUUCAUCAGAAAACUGCAGCUGCUCUGUGCUUGACUACAGUUAAGAAUGAAGAUAAGAUGGAGUUCAGUAGAAUCUUGGAAGCCAUCAAGGCCAAUUUUAAUGAUAAGUAUGAGGAGUACAGAAAGAAGUGGGGUGGUGGAAUAAUGGGGUCUAAAUCACAGGCUAAAACCAAAGCAAAAGAGAGGGUUCUUGCUAAGGAGGCUGCUCAGAGAUUGACAUAAAUACCCUUCAUUAUCUAAAUACCCUUCUUAUAUGUUUUCAAAGGCAAGAUACAUGAGUUUGAUUAUGUCACAGUUUUAUUCAGUUUUGGUUGGUUAUAUUAGCAAGCAACAAGUCACUAUUGAUUAUGUUAUGCAUUAUUUUUUGUGUUCUUA